UUUGAAGGUUUGGAAGCGGAAGUGUAGUAUUUUGCUAACUGAAUAGUAAUUUUGCUCUGUGCGUGAGAGAAAGGGAAGAAAAGGGGUAGUGUAUAGCGAAGUGCUGCUGGGUUGGAAGAAGGGUACGAGGUACUUUUUAUUAUUAUUAUUGUUCGUACACUCUGCCCGUUUCCACCUCUUUAUCCUGGCGAAAGGUUGAACGGUUAAAAUGGAGGCGGAUAGAUCCGGCGGAGGACCAAACCCGAACUCCGGAGGCGGCGGCAGCAGCAGCGGAUCGGGGCGCAACCCAAACGGGCCCAAAGCAGCACCGGGCCAGCCGACAUCAGCUGCGGCGACCGGAGCGUUGGCAGCAGCCGUGGCCAUGGCCGGAUCGUCGCAGGCUCGUGAGCUACAGGACGGGGACUCGGGUAUGACGCUUCCUGGGAUCCUUCACUUCAUCCAGUACGAGUGGGGACGCUUCCAGGCCGAGAAAUACCGCUGGGAGGCUGAGAGAGACGAACUCAGGGCUCAGGUGGCGUUCCUACAGGGUGAGAGGAAAGGGCAGGAGAAUAUGAAACAGGACCUGGUGAGGCGGAUUAAAAUGCUGGAGUACGCCCUCAAACAAGAGAGGACUAAACACCAGAAGCUGAAGACGGGAAACGACCAGAGUCCAGGAGACAAGAAACCAGAGACAGAGGCAGACCAACUUCCCAAUGGGCCGGCUGAGUCAGACUCUGAGCCAGCCAAUCAGAUGUCCUGGAAGGAGGGUCGUCAGCUACUACGCAAAUAUCUUGAGGAAGUGGGUUAUUCAGACACUAUCCUGGAUAUGCGGUCUAAGCGUGUGCGCUCGUUGCUCGGGCGGAGCAGCCCCGAGGCUAACGGGCCUCCGCCCAGUGAAACCUGUCCUGAGCCUGAGCCCCGGGCAGGUGGAGAGUCGUUGUUGGUCAGACAGAUAGAGGAACAAAUCAAGAGCCAACAGAACAAGAUGCAGAAAAGAUGUCUAAAACGGAGGGCAUCCUCCAUCAUGAGAACAUGGAACGCGGGCAAGGAAAGCUCUAAGGAAAGUCUGGGCGGCUCGGUGCUCGAUAAGAUCCCCUUCCUGCGUGGCUGUGAGGAUGAUGACGAAGACGACAGUGACGAGGACGAUGACUUCCAAGGCAUGGCCACUGACUGCAUUGAUGGACCGCGCAAGAGCAAGAAGUCUCGUGUAAAGAUGGGUGCGGAGCCCAUGACCACAGACCUGGACCCGGAGGACGAGGAGGACGAAGACGACUCGGAAGAUGCCCUCAGUGAAUUUGACUUCCUGGGCUCGGGGGAGGAUGGGGAGGGGGCGGGAGAGGCCCGGAUCUCGGGGGACGGACGGGAGUUAGAGAACCGCAGGAACAAGUUACAAGGCAUGAUGUCGGACUUCCCCCCUAAACCCACCCCGCCCCCCUCUGUAUCGGGACAGGCUCGCUCCGGGGAAGGUGGCGCCCUGGGUUUCUCCUCUGACGUCUUCAUUAUGGAUGCCGUUGGAGGAGGGGACAUGAACCUGGGUGAACUGGCUGAUCUCACCGUUGCCAAUGACAACGAUCUCUCCAUGGAUAUGCAGGAUAACAGAGAUGAGUUCAAGAAGACAUGGAACCCUCGUUUCACACUACGCAGCCACUUCGAUGCCAUCCGCGCUUUGACCUUUCACCCCAGCCAAGCGGUGCUGCUCACAGCCUCUGAGGACGGAACACUAAAACUGUGGAACCUCAACAAGGCCAUGCACUCUAAAAAGAACGCAGCGUUGGAUGUUGAGCCCAUCUACACAUUUAGAGCACACAGUGGAGCUGUUCUAUCUCUGACCAUGGGCGAGGACGGAGAAUCCUGCUACAGCGGGGGUCUAGAUGGAACUGUCAGAUGUUGGAAGAUGCCAGACCUAAAUGUGGAUCCAUACGAUAACUAUGAUCCUGGCAUCGAGAGCAGUGUACUAGCCGGCCACGACGACAGCGUAUGGGGUCUAACUUACUCUGCAGUUCACCAUCGUCUUGCCUCGUGCUCAGCCGAUGGCACCAUUCGCGUCUGGGACCCUCAGAACUCGGCUCCCUGCCUGUCAGUCUUCAAUAAGGAGAAAGAACACGGAACACCCACCUCGGUAGCCUUUGUGGCCACUGACCCCAACCAGGUGGUGGUGUCAUUUGACGCCGGUGAGACGCUGCUCUACGACCUCAACACAGAGCAGAGCAUCACUGCGCUAGAGACACAGACCAAGGAUGGCAGUGAGCUGAUCAACCGUGUGGUCAGUCACCCAUCUGAGCCCGUCUCCAUCACUGCACAUGAGAACCGCACCAUCCGCUUCCUAGACAACAAGACAGGUAAAGUUGUCCACUCGAUGGUGGCUCACCUGGACGCUGUCACCUGUCUCACUACAGACCCUAAAGGCACUUACCUCAUCUCUGGCAGCCACGACUGCUCGGUGCGCCUGUGGAUGCUGGACAACAGGACGUGCGUGCAGGAGAUCACGGCUCACAGGAAGAAGCACGACGAGGCCAUUCAUGACGUGGCCUUCCACUCUUCACAGCCCUUCAUUGCCAGCGCCGGCUCAGAUGCACUUGCCAAGAUCUUUGUCUGAAAGCACUGUUGCCAUUCUGAGUCCAACAAAAACAACUGGGCAAAAAGAGACUGAAGACUACAGUGGACAAAUUUCACCUGCUUAUAUUCACUCACACACACACGCACACACACACACACACACACACACACGUCCUGCACCCCACUGGCUGGGUCAUCGCCACAGGACGUCAACUCCCCUUAGUUCCUCACUGUUCUCUGAUGCCUCAGUGACUUCUUGUAAUACUAAUCACACUGCGUUUUUUUAUAAAAACAAAAAACCCUGUCUGCUCCUUUUUC